AAUAUAUCGAUACAUCGAUAUCAAUGUAUAACAUCCCUAUUUCGUAGCAUUACUUUUUCGACGUCGGAAUCGAAAAGAAAAAACACAACUAGCCAGGCGAAGCAAAGCAUACAAUUUAAUAAUGAAUUCUUGAAAGUGUUCUAUGCGUGCCGAUCAAGUCUGCUUACGCAUUCGCGCGGUUAAAGCAGCAAUUUGAUUUUUUUAAGACAGUUUCAUGCGAUGUCUUCUUGCCUGUGCCCAAAUCGUUAAAAGUGCGUGGAAGUGUACGAAACCAAUACACGGAAAGUGGGACAACGGCAACCGAGAGAGCUCGUUGCGCUUGUCUCCGCUGUUUGUGUGCGACUCUAUACAUGUGUGCGUGUGUGUUGGUCCACAGUGAGUGUAUGUGUGACUACAGUCUUCUCGGCCCCCGUCUCCCCUAGAGUGCUUAAAAAUGUGUUUUAUAUCUUGUUUAAUAUUUCCACUACAAUAUCAAAUGCAAAAAUAAAAAAAAGUGCCUCAGAAUGUCGCACCCAUGAGCUGGCCUAUGAAGCAGACAAAACCAUAAUAUGUCCACAAAUAAUUUAUGUCAAUGCUGAGAAGGCGAUUGAUUUCCUCUACUCCAUCUUCUUUUGUCUGACUCUGACUGACGAUUUUGCCGCAUGGCUGGCGACACCCGGCGGCAACAGGAUAAUUGGAUAUAGCAAUGAAUGAUUUACGUCAGCAGCAGAUGGUAGCAGCGACAUCGUCAUCAGGAUCAGGAACGGGAACAGGCAUAGCAGUGGGGUCAACAGGUCGAGUCAAUUCUAGCGUGAAAUCUGCGACGAGCACCACGAGCGAGGAGGAGCAACGCGUGAGCUCCACGUCAUCGCCGGCACAGCGGGAGCAUCAGUUGAAUGCAGAGCAGCAACAGCAGCAGCAGCUGGGAGCCGAGGAGGCACUGCAACAACAGCAGCCGGGUCAUAUAACCAGCACCACAGCAUCGCCGCCGCCGCCGCCGUCGACGCCGCGCGACGAUGCCCAAAGCGCUGCUGCAGGCACAACUGGAGCAUCAGCAAUUGCAAUUGCAGCAGCACCGAGGGGAGCCGCAGCCAUGGCUGCCACAGCACUUGACGUGAAGGGCGAGGAGGGAAGCAGGGGUGGAAGCAGCCAAGGACACAAGAUUAUCCUCAAGCUAUCGAAGCACUCGCAUACCGCUCCAAAUGAAUCUCAGUCCGGGGGAGACGAGAGACGUGUGGAACCAUUGCGCAUCCAUCUGCCCAGCAGUAUCAGCGGGACGGGGGCCAAGCCGCAGGACGCCUCGGACGCGGACGCCUCCUCGUGCUCCUCCUCCUGCGCCGAGGCGGAGGAAGAGCUGAGCAGUCUUAGCCAGCAUCGUCCGACCCCGAAUCCCCGUAGCACACCGCACAUUGUGCCAAAGCUUACUAUCCGGGCAGCCAAUGAGGAGCGUGUGGGCAGCGUUGUGCCCAAGCUGACCAUCAAAAUGCCUGAGAAUCCCGCUGCUUCCUCUGGCACAGGCUCCGGGUCCGGGUCCGGCUCCGGCUCCGGUUCCUGCUCGACAGACGGCAGUCUGUCCAACUGCCUUGGCCGCAGUCAGUCAGCGACGCCGGCCAAGAACGAGGCACAUCUGUCAAGCCUCUCGCCCGCCUCCGCCUCCUCCUCAUCGGCCUCGUCCUCCUCCUCCUCAUCGUCGUCGUCGUCCUCGCUGUCGAUGUCGAUGGUGGAGAUGCAGACGGUCCCCAAGCUAAUGAUAAAAACCACCCUGGCCGGGAGCAGCUGCAUCAGCAGCAACAGCGAAGAUCCGCCGCAGCAGAUACCAAAGUUAACCAUCAAGACGGGCGGCAGCGGUCAGGAGCACAUGCACACGGUGAUCAUGACGCAUGACCUCAGCAACGCUCAGAGCAUACCCAAGCUCACAAUCAAGACCAAGUCCAUCGAGAUCGAGGACCCCGAUGGCGGAGCACCACUCGCCAAGGCCGAGCAGCAGCAGCAGCCCCUACCCAAGCUCACCAUUAAGAACCUGUGCUCUCCGAAGCACAAGGUCCGAGCCGUGCUUGAGGAGAAGCCGCCCUCAGCUGCCUCCAAGCUGGCCACGCCCACGCCCACUCCCACACCCACACACACACACACGUCCAUGCCCACAUCAAUGCCCACAUCGAUGCCCAUGCCCAUUCCAAUAGCGAACGGCGGCGAGUCGAACAGCAGCAGCCAGGAGUUCUGCGGCUUCUCCGAUCCGGAUGGGGAGCAGAUGAUGGCGGACGAGAUGCGGCGCAACUCUGACGACAUGGACAUUGACGAGUCCCUGUCGAAGGAGCACGAUCCCAAAAUGUUUCACAACCUGCCGCCCUUGCAGCCGGCAGCCAGCAAUGGCCUGGCAAGUGAAACCAAAGCCAACAAGUACAAGACGGCUGCUUCCAAUCCUAAUCCGAAUUCGAAUCCGCCACAGCACCAGCAGCAGCAUCAGCAGCACAACGUCGUCGAUCUAGUGGAUCUAACAUCAUCGCCAUCGCCAUCGCCAGGGUCCUCGCCAGCGCAUGCAACCAUAGAUUUCUCUGGUCGCAUCACGCCGGCCCAUAAUCUUCACCUGCCUCUCCGUCUGCACAUGGCGCCCGCCGGCACAGCGCCCGGCCCCGGGUCGCCCAGCUCCAACAUUCUGCUGAGCCAACUGACGGGUCCAGCAAAGACCCACUUCUCCGCGGCCCCCGUCAAGAGCAAUAACUCCAGCAAGUAUCCGCAGCUGACCGAACAGCUGAUGGCGAACGGAGGAGGUGCUAGGGUCGGAGCAGCUGCAGCAGCGGCAGCAGCAGCAGCGGCGGCAGCAGCAGCAGCUGCAGUAGUUGUCGUAGAUGAGGACUGCUCUCAGCACUCGGGCGUAGUGCCUCCAGCGCGCCCUUCCAGCCCCUCCCAGUCCAUCAUCGAUUCUAUUGAGAUUCUGGACACCCCGGAAGGCAGCCCGCACAUCACCUACAUGGAUCAUCACCAAUUGGUUAAGAAUCACCACGCCAAUCAUCAGCAGCUCCUUGGAGAGCACGACGGGAUCGAGCAGGAUCGCCAGCCGGGGGCCGACGGCAGGCUGGAGGAGCUGGACAACAACAAUGAGAAUCACUUGAAGCGCAACAGCAGCGACGGCAGCGAAUCUCCCAGCAUCCCGCGCAGCAAGCAGCGUCGAUUGGACCCAGACAACGAUGAGAACGAUCAGCAAACGCAUAACUGCCAUGAGGCUGGCAAGAAAUCGAGUGCCAGCGAGACGAUGCAGUUGCAGUUGCAGAUGCCGACAGUGCAGCCGUCCCACCGCUCCCGCAAGCAGAAGCACGAGAGAAUUCUCAACACAGACCUAGAGGACGGUCUGUUUCCAUCCGGGACAACAGGCCCUGGCCCGAGCCCAGGUCCGGGGCCUGCCCAGCAGCCCCCCUUGGCUUCGUCGGAUGGAAACCAAAAUGGAACUCCCUUCGCGGAGUCUGGGGCCGCGGAGGAUGUCAACUCGUUGGAGUUGCAGCCAGAGCGCCAGAGAAAUCCACCCGCUCCGACAGAGCUGAUGACCACACCAGCACCGACGGGCAAACGACGGGGCAGACCGAAAAGGAAUCAAACUGGAGAUCUGUCUGCGCAUCUUCUACCCGCCACGCCUGCCCCUGCCACGCCCACCCAUGAGACCCACGACAGCCAGGAUACCGUGGCCAGUAGUGCGGUGAAGUCGCGACGGGUGCAGCUGCUCCGCAAGCGGCUGGCCAUCGACAUGGUAACUACGGGUCAGGAGCAGCUGCCGGAGGCGGCGGCGAUCGCCUCGAUGGACGAGCAAGAGGACCACCAGGGGAGGGUCGACGAUUCGCCGAGCGCAGUGGGAAAGGUGAUUUGUCGCGAUCAUCGCCAGCUGAGAGCCACGAGGCGCACCCAGACCCCCAACUCGAAGGCGUUGAAUCAAUUUCAGCCCAAUACUCCCAAGACCACCAGGAAGCGCCAGAGCAAGGCGAACGCCAGCAAGCUGUCGCUCCAGCAGCAGCAGUCGGAGCCACAGUCGCAGUCGCAGCCACUUCCUACCCCAACGCUCAGCUUGUCCCAGUUUGGCGAGACGGAAUCGAACAACAACAACAACAACAACAUGGCCUUUGCCCUGGCAGCGCAGAUAGAUCUGACCAUGUGCUCGUCCAGCUCGUCGACAUCGUCCGGGGUGCCAGCCACCAGCUGCCAAUUGGGGAGUGGCAACGGCAACGGCAGUGGGAGCAGCUCAACAAUGUCCAUGUCCUCGAUGCUGCCGCCCACAACGAUAUUGUCGUCGUCGGAUCCCCUGCCGGAUGUGGUCUUCCAGCCCAACGACUUUUCCUCGAUUAUGGCCACGCAGCAGCUGCGCUCGCCACGCCCGUGCAGCAUGAGCGGCGGCAGUCAGCUGGACUCCCACGACGAGGACAACUAUAACAGCGCGCUGGAAAACUCUGGCGACGAAUCCGGUGCGGUGACGAUGCAAAUGCUUUCGAUGGGAGCUGCCAGCGGCGGCGCCACUUCCACACGGGGACGCGGACGAGGACGUGGCUCGAGAGGCGGUGGCGCUGGUCGGAGCAGCAACAGUGGCUCAUCCUCAUCCAAUCGCGCUGGCGGCAGCUCCAGCAACGCUUCCUCCACGGCCACAACGCAGCCGCGGGCGCCGCGCAUGAGUCGGGGGUCCAGUGCCGUUGCCAAGGCCAUUGCCAUGAAUCGACCCCGCUGCGUGGGCGGACUGAAGCACACACCCGAUCCGGAGAGGCUCAAAGGCCUGUUUAGUCCGUCGCCCCAAGUUUUUGAGGAGGACACCCGCAUGAGCGCCGAUCUUGGGAACAGCAACCAAUCCAUGAUGGGGUGCCUAAUGGAACCGCCUCUGACGCCUCAAAAGCAACCCGAUUUCCUCAACAACGAGGAGUCGCAGUCAUCGGUGGUGAGCAACGUAAGCAUGCUGGACUCGAAUCAGGGUCAAUCCGUUGACGCCAUCCUUGGGUCUGCCCAGAAACGUCCAAAGAAAAAGAAAAUGGAGAUUUGUGUGGCCGAAGACACGGACUUUAAGGCAUCCAGGAUUGCCGAGUACGAUUGGCCUCCACCGAAAGGCUGUUGCCCGUCCAAGAAUCGCGAUACCUUCAUGAUCCAGGAGCAGGUGGCCCUCUAUCUGGGGAUAACCAGCUUUAAGCGCAAGUACCCGGACUUGCCACGACGCGCCGUCGAUAUGGAGGAGCGCAACUGGCUGCAGGAGAAGGGACUGGUCAGCGAGAAGAUGUGCGACCUGGGAAUCACCGCCGUGUGGGCCUCCGACAUACUGGACAUAAUGUACGCAGACUUCUACGACAAGUACGAGGAGUACAAGGAGUAUAUGCGUCUCAAGCACUUGCGCGAGGUCGAGGCCAAGCAAAAGGCGCUCGGCAUCUCGGUUGGCCCUGGCCGUGGACUCCAGGCCAGAGACCGAGCCAUGCUCUCGGCCAGCAAAUGGAAUGUUUACUUCAACAAGACCCGCAAAGACGAGCGUCUGGCCUGCCUAGACCUACAGACUUUUACGAUGAACCAGCCCCAGCUGCAGACAGCGCCCACGACCACCCGCCUAUAUCGCUCUGUGGCAAGUGGUGUGCGGGCGGCAGCCGAGGCGGAGAAUAUGAUGGUGCCCCCGGACCUGCUGGGCCCGCGAAACUACGAUGAAGCUUUCUGUCGACCGGACUAUGCGUAUCCACUCCCCGUGGUGCCGGACCAGUUCUCAUUCGCCUACCGCAAACUGGAUUACGUCGAACUGAGAGCCCACCCAUUGGAUACGGCACUGGACAAGCCGCAGACACAGUCACAGAAGGCGGGCCUGGAAGCUCAGCUGCUGGAGCGCAUCAACGGCGUUGUCUCUGUCUCCGCAACCGAGGUUCAGCCUGCAGCCAAGCCAAAAGUGUCGGUUUCUGUCCGCCGCAGUCGACGGGCCACGCGGCAGCAGUCGGACAAGGUGCGCACGGCCAGCAACUCAAGCACAUCCUCCGCAGCCUCCCUCUCAUCCUCAUCCAGCGACACCAGCAGCAGCAGUGAUACGGACAGUGACGAUGAGAGCGACUCGAGCAGCUCGAGUAGCUGCAUCUCAACGGCUGCCUCGAGUGCCGCGGGCAGCGACAAUGAAGGGAACGAGUCAGCCCGUUCCCGGCUAUCAAAUUGCGGCGUGUGCCUGCGCACUCAGCACCGCAAUGCCAGGGACAUGCCCGAGGUCUUCAUACGCUGCUACAGUUGUCGACAGCGCGUCCAUCCGAGCUGCAUUGAUAUGCCACAGCGCAUGGUGGGCCGCGUGAGGAACUACAACUGGCAGUGUGCCGGGUGCAAGUGCUGCAUCAAGUGCAAGAGCAGCCAGCGGCCCGGAAAGAUGCUCUACUGCGAGCAGUGCGACCGAGGCUAUCACAUCUACUGCCUCGGCCUCAAGACGGUACCAGAUGAGCGUUGGAGCUGUGAACGGUGUUGUAUCUGCAUGCGAUGUGGCGCCGUUAAGCCCGAAGGCCUGCCCCAGGUGUCUGAAAUGGCAUCGCCCGGUGGGGCCGAGGCGACGAAGGCCUCGCCGCGACUCAAAAAGAUGAAAUGGAUACACGAAUAUCGCAUCGACCACAUCACCAAGCUGCGGGAGCAUGCCGCCAUGUUCUGUGUGCCGUGUGCGCGGACCAAGCCGGCAAAGCGACAGCCUGGACAGGCAGAGGCGACAGUCGUAUCGGCAGUAUCGAUCACGGUACCCCUGAUAACAAGUCCAAGCUCAAGCCCCACGGCCAAUGGCAGCCAAGUCCCGUCUCCAUCGCCAGUGGCUGCGCUGAGUCCCAAAUGCCCGGCGGCGGUGGGUCACGAGGAGGAGGCGACAACAACAGCAUUGGCCAUGACAGGCAGGCGACAACAACAGCCGCAUGGGGCAGCAGCACCCAGUAUCACCACGAUGGAGUGCAGCAGCUUCAACCGGAACGGAGUCAGUGAAGUUUCAGUAGCUGCCAGCGCAGCUACUGCGACUCUAACUGCGACGGCGACGGCCACGGCCACAGCCACAGCCACAGCCGCUUCCUCGCCUGUCCUCACAGUCACGUCUGGGACUGGAGCGGCCACAGGAGCUGCCACAGCAAUCGGCAUAGCGCCGCCUCCGGUUGUUGCCUGAGUGGGGGUUAUUCGUUAUUGUGGCAAGCGCACUUUAACGGACUUAUAGAAAGCGCCGGACGCGGGUUCAACCAACCCCUCCUCCUCCCCAACCCAAGCUCCAGUCCCACCCCCGCCCCCACCCCCAAAAACAUAAACACACACAUGCAUAGUAUUAACGAAUGCGAGAAAGGACAGAGGAGAGUGGAGGAAAGGAGAGGAAAAGGAGAGAAAUUGAAGCGAAACUAAAUAAGGAUUUAUAAUUAUUAUUAUUAUAGUUUACUGUCAGUACAACGUACUAUACUAAUUUUACUUAACGUUGCUACCUAAUGUUACAAACACACCCACACAAACACAGACACACACACACACAUGACAAGCACACACUCACUGCACUCGGUGGGCGGAGCGCAUAUCGCCCGGCCCUGCCCGGCCCGGCCCAGACAGCAAGCCCCUCGUAUUUCACACUUAUGUACGUUUGUUUAUGGCGAUUCACAGAAACUAAAUUAGUUCAAUUGCGUGCAUACAUGGACAUGUACAUACAUGUAUAUACAAGUGUAUUUAUAUGCAUAUGUACGUGUGCUGGCAUAUGUGUACAUUUUAUUAUUAGCGUAAUACCGGAGCUGCAUGAUUGAGACGCUUUUUGGAAACGCUGGAUUCAAAUAGCUGUGCAGCAGCAUGUCGUUCAUGGGCCACUGCAUCCCAGCCAUGGGCGCUGUUCCGUGUUGGUUUUUUUUUUGUUUUUUUGACCGAAAUACAUAGUGUGUUUAAUGUUUGUAUUUAAGUUAUCGUAAUGUGUCUCAGCCCUACUCCCCCUUACCCCUGCCCCAGCCCCAGCCACCAUUGCUGUACUAUAUAGAUUUACAUAUAUGUGUGCGGAACACUCUUGAUUUUGUAAUAUCUUAUGCGCCGAAUUUUUCAAACUGUAUGUGUAUGUAUCUAUAAGGAGAUAAGGAUUGUAGCAAUGUAAGUAGUUAAGCGCAUACGCCCGGUAGCCUCUUGUGCUGGACUACUGGGUACUUUUUAGUUAUCAGUUUUUAGUUCUUUACCGAGUUUCCCUUUGUUCCGGUAGUCUGUAAGCCAUAAUUCGAGUUUCGUUCGAGGCUCAGACCUCAGACCGAGCAGGUUGAGCAGUUAUUCUGUAUUCUGUAAUUUAAAUGGCUAAGAAGAAUGUAUUAUACAUGUAAUUUAUGCUACCACAAGCGUACACACACCCAGAUGCAAACAAAUACAUGCAGAUAUAUUUAUAACUUUAAAGAGUAAGAGUAAGCACAUGAGCACAGAACAAGUACGUACGGCAACAAAUCGACUAGAAAGAGGGCAAAGAUCAGAGCAGUUCAGAACCGUUCAGAGCAGAGCAGAACAGUGCAGAGCAGAGCAGAUUGAAAAGGUAAACUAUGUGUGAAAUAAUUUUAGAUUCCAUAUCUAAUAUCUGGUACCGCCGCAGCAGCAAUAGCAAUAGCGAACGAUAAAUAAAUAAAUAACUAGUUAGUAGUAAGCAUCAAAUCUACUUAACCAGAAGCGGAUACAGAGUGCAGUUGAGCAUUCGGUAAAAUUCUACUUUUCCAUGAAAUCUAAUGCUUAAGUUUUUAUUAAGUGAAUAAUGAUGAUUGUAUGCGUACGAGAAAGAUUUAUUUUUAAGUCGAAUAAAACAGCAGAAUUAACAUUAA